AUGUUGAGUCGGAGUUGGAUGUGGCUCGGCCUCGUUGCAGGCUCAACAUCUGCCCUGCACUUGGCAACAGCGACAGCGCCGCCAGCAACAAUAGCGACAUAUAUCCCGGCUGCGUCCUUGAUCUUCAGGCGAGACGAGUCCUGCCCUGCCAACACAUUCCGAUGCUCGGAGGAGCUCGGCCAGCGUUUCAGCGACAUCUGCUGCCAGAACGGACAGACGUGCGCUCUCGACGCCGAUGAUCAACCAGCUUGUUGUCCCUCUGGCGCGGUGUGUACUGGAACGGCCCCAUCCGAGGCGCCUACUGGCGACGCAACCGCUCCCGUGUCCUACGUCCCGAACUCCUACUUUGCCUUCCCGUACGCCGCGACGACAUUCUCGAAUGAUGGUUCUUGCACUUCGGCCGUCGACGCUUGCGAAGAGAACUACGACAGAUGUGUCAGUUACCUCGAGGAUGGUGGUCAAUAUGGCGUGACCAUUGUUGUGCCCGGCGGCGGAGGUACUACAGUUGAGGGCGGCGGACAGGCCCUGGGCCCAUCGGCAACCGAGGUGUGCUCAAGCCUGAGCUCUCGUGCCUGCGGGAAACUCGAGAAGAGCGACUGUGGCGACUACGGGAAUGCUGCUUCGUCCAACAACCUCGAGUCGUGGCUCGCAGGCAUUGGCGCGGCCAUUGCCAUGCUCAAUGUGUUGGCUUAA